AAGGAGCCCUCCGCUCUCCCAUUUCUGCCCCAAAUUUCUUUCGUCGUUCAACCCAAAAGAACGAACGAACGAACGAACGAACGAACCCAUCACCACCACAGCCCCCUCUCACCCGCGCGAUUCUCUUUUUCCCUCUUCGAACGGACGCAGAUCGGAAUCGGAAAGAAGAGAAAUGGCUCAACGAGAGAAAGAAGAGACCGAAUUCAAGGUCCCCGAAACCCUAACCCUCUGCAUCAACAAUUGCGGGUUCCCCGGCAACCCUACCACCAACAACAUGUGCCAGAACUGCUUCAAGGCCUCCGCGGGAGUCCUCACUCCUCUCAAGUUCUCCGGCAAGGACAAGCCCAGAUCCAGCUCCGUCCGGUCUCCGGAGAGAUCGGAUCGUCCAGCGGAGCCGGAGAUUCUUAGGGAGGUAACCAAGCGUGACACGACGGCAGCUGCUGAGGUGACAAGCUCGGUCGUGAGGCGGGAGGUGAACCGGUGCUCGGGUUGUCGGAGGAAGGUGGGAUUGACCGGCUUCAGGUGCCGCUGCGGGGAUCUGUUCUGUUCGGAGCACAGGUAUUCAGACCGGCACGAGUGCAGUUACGAUUACAAGGCUGCGGGUCGGGAGGCGAUAUCGCGGGAAAAUCCGGUGGUUAAAGCUGCCAAGAUCGUUAAAAUCUGAGAAUAAUACACGGAGAAACGAAAUGACUGUGUUUCGUGAAGAUUAAAGAAAAGAGACGAUGUGGAGAGAUGGAUGCUCGAUCCGGUGAUCACUUUCUGAUGCCACUCUCGAUCGAUUAAUUGAGAGAGUGGGAGAGGGAUUUGUUAGAUUGUGAACAAAACUAUAAUGAAAUUCUCUCUGGUUUACCUUGUUCUUUUUAAUCAAAUUUUAUUUCUUCCCUCUUCUUUGUGUGAAAAUUUCUGGUGCUGUACUUUAAUUUUUUUUCUCUUUAUUUUUCUUAAUUUCUGGAAAUGAAAACGAAAUGGUAAAGCGUUGACAAA